AUUUAUGCGAUUUUAGUUGUGCAUGUUUUAGCAAAAAAACGCAAUCUCGGUCAUUCUGAUGGCCGUAAUAAAUUUGAAUCAGGGUUUCCCGAACCGGGGGUCCGUGAUGACUGCACAGAGGGUCUGCAACGAUAUGAAAAGAGUCUGAUCGAUUUUCAAUGAUUGAUUUUAAUCAAAAAGCCGAAUUGAAUAUUUUUGGUUAAGCAAUGCGGACGAAUAUUCAUUGCUGUCAGAAGAGGAAAUUAAAAUUUUUUUACAUUUGUCUUUUGCUACGACCUACGUGUUUGAGUCAGCGUUUUCAGCUUGUACCAACGUGUGCAUGGAAUCUACUUAAUGUAUUUUAUAUUACCCGUUGAAAUGUUUUUUAUUAGCUCUGAAGUUUAAAUUCUUGCAUUUACUGGUUCACAUUACAGUACCUGUUUCAGUUGGCAAACAGGAUGACAUAAUUCAAUCGAUAGGAAUUCUUUUAAAUCAAAAAAGCAAAUACUAGAAUACGGAAAUAGACUAGGUACACACUGUGAAUAUGGAAAUGAACUGCUGCGAUGAGCUGGAUCUGUCAGAUUCUUCAUUUUCAUAUUGCUUCAACGACAGCACAUUCAGUUCCAGAAUUUUGACCGGUCUGAAUGAUCUACGUCUGGAGAAAAAAUUUUUUGAUAUGACAAUAUGUGUUGGAGAAUUUAAGUUCAUGUGCCAUAGAAUAGUAUUAGCAUCAGCGAGUGAUUACUUCAGAGGAAUGUUUGGAGGAAGAAUGCGUGAAAGCUUCUCAGAUUCUGUUAGUAUAUUUGAUGUUGAUCCAGACACCAUGGAACUCCUCAUUGAAUUUUGUUAUACGAGUCAAGUUGAAAUCAAUACAGAAAAUGUUGAGAGAUUAAUGAAGGCUGCUGAUCUAUUUCAAUUCCCUACAAUCAAAGAUGCUUGUGGUAACUUCCUUCUGAAGCAUUUACAUCCAAGUAACAGCUUAAAUAUAGAGAGAUUUGCUGAUGGAUUAUCCUGCUCUAAACUUGCAGAAAUGUCGUUCAAUUACACUUUACAGCAUAUUGUUGAGGUCACUCUUACAAAGGAUUUCAUGAAUUUGAAUUUCAAUAAAUUGUUAGAGAUCAUUUCCCAUAAAGAUCUCAAUAUUGAUAAAGAAGAAAAUGCUUAUGAAAUUUGUUUGUUUUGGAUGAAGGUUGAUGUUCCCUCAAGAAUGCAGUAUUUCACAAGGCUGAUGGAGCGAAUCAGAUUUCCAUUCAUUCGAAGAAUUUAUAUUUUGACAAAGAUAGAAACGAACGUACUAAUGAGAAAUUUUUCACUGUGUCUGGAUUUAAUUAAAGAAUCUCGAGAUUUUCACAAUUGCGAUUUAGACAGACAUGAAAAAUAUUCAAUCAGAAUGCAGCCUCGGCUGUCAACUGGGAUUGCUGAAGUCCUGAUUAUCCUUGGUGGCUGUAACAAUGACUGUGAUGAACUGGUGAAUGCAGAAUGCUUGAAUCCGCAAAACAACCAUUGCAGAAGCAGAUAUCUUGCUGAAACUCCUGAAAAUAUGAGAGGAGGAUAUUCAGCUGUGGUGCUUGAUAAUGAUUUAUUUGUUACAGGUGGUUCUGAUGGUUUCCAAAUGUUCAAUACUGCAUGGAGAUAUAAAUCUCAGCUUAACGAAUGGGUUGAGAUAUCACCCAUGUUACAAGCAAGAGAAUAUCAUGCCUCUGUAUCAAUGAAACGUUCUAUCUAUGUUGUUAGUGUUGAAGGUUGUGAGCGUUAUGAUGAAGACACAGAAAGUUGGAAUGCGAUUUGUUCUAUGUCAUAUCCUGUGAAUAACUGUUCUGUUGCUGCUUGUUAUGGAAAGAUAUACUGUAUCGGAUCGGGUGUUAUUGAUAAUAAAAUAACAUUCCAGGUUUACAACCCCAAAAUAGAUGGUUGGAAUUUAUUAGAUUGUGACAUGUCUGUUGUUUGUCAGUCAUCAUUUGUACCUUCGCUGACGGCUUUAUCUGGAAAAUUAUAUUUCAUACAUGAAGAUUCGAGAUGUGUCAUUGGUUAUGACCCUGUCAAAAAUAAAUGGCUGGAUCGUAUUGCGCCUAUGCUUCAACUACACUUGGGUGGGAGUGUGACUCAAUAUCAAGGAAAAAUUGUUGCUUCUGGUGGAUACGAUGAGAGAUUUGGGUUGACUGAUACAGUUGAAAUGUACGAUCCUGAUCAAAAUGAGUGGAGUUAUUUAACAAAAUUGUCGAGGCCUAUGUUCUGGCACAAUUGUGUUAGUUUAUUCAAAUACGUAUCUGCACCGAGAGGUGAUUACUUUUUCGCUUCUGCGACUUUGCAUGACUUUUCUGAAGAGUUAUCAUCGAGUGAUGUAAAUACAACUCGUCUCUAAGUUUGUUCCGUUUGAUAUACAGAGAGUGAGAAUGUAAAAUAUUUCAGGUGGCGUCUGACUUGACAAACCACUUUAAACUGUCAUUGGUGAUAAAAGAUCGAAAUAGAUAUCCAAAAUUUUGAUUGAAACAAUAUCCAUGAUUAAUCUAAUAUUUAGGCAAGUUUUGUAAACUAUAUUUUAUUAUAUAAUUAGCAAAAGUGCGAAAUAUUAUUGAUUGAAUCCUGUACAACUACAAAUUGGAUCCUUCAACUGUUGUUAGAUUAUUGAUGUUUGAGAACUUAACACAAAUCAAUCAUUUUUCAGAAAGUUUUUCAUAACAAUUCAGGCAACUAAAGUUAAUAAUUAUUAUCAUCAGAAAUUUACCUUCAAUAUGUGUAAUUUAUAAGGUGAUGUCAGGCAUUUUCUGCUAUUUCUUGUUCCUGCCAUGUAAUAUCUAUCUUAUUCUGUUUUUAAAACUCAAGGCAAUUGCUGGCUCCUAAUUGAUCAUUUUUUUUCAGAUUUCCAUCCAAUUAUUACCUGACAUUGACAAUAUUUAUAUAAUAUAAUUAAAAGUUAUGCAGUGAAGCAAUUGACACAUUUCGGAAAUUACAAAAAAUGUAUCGCUAAAAAUGUAAUGUUAAAUAUAUGGAAAAUUUCAGUAAAUUUGAUGUUUUUUUGUUGGUAGUUUAUAUACUUUUUAAAGUUUACAUUGUUUUUAUAUUUUAGUAGCCUCUUUUAUUGCAAAAAUUAUAUAAUAGAGGCAGCUUAUUAACAUAUAGUUUAUCAGCAUAGUUUCCAUUAGAAAACCCAUACUUUUUUGUCCAUGAAUGGCGAUUCGGUAAAAGUAACAAUAAUUAAUAGUUUACAAGUAUUCUUUACUUACCUUAUUACAACUAUUUCAAUGAAACAUUUUUGUGUAUUAUUCAUGUAUUUUAUUUUCCACUUCACAUUUCUACCAUUCAUUUAUUAUGUUCUCAAUUUACUCUUGACUUGAGUACUAUUAUGCAUCCAAUGGCCACUAACAUUAUUUUAUAAUACUGAUGGCGAAAAAUUGAAUUUAUUCUAUUAUUAGGCCCAUUGGUAGGAGCCAGUGUUCACUCUUAAGGAAAUUAUGAUGGUAUGGGUGAUUAUGAACAUUAUAUUAGACUUAAGAUUGAAAGUAGUGAGUUCUAAUCAAAGCAAAUCUUGACUGAAUCCAUCUCAGACUCUCAAUUGACUAUGUAUAGAUCCUGGUUAUGAGCAUUUCAGUAUUUAUAGGGUUCAAUACUGUCUAAAUUGUCCGAUUUGAAAUUGAAUCGCAAAUCAACUUUUGUUUGAAUAUUAUAAUGCGAUAGAAGGUUUAAAAACAUAUUCUUUAUGUAACUGAAUGUGUUGAAAAGUUAUGGAUAUAGGAGCAUUGAACAUCAAAAGAUACUUUUGGAUUUCAUUAUUUGAUUUUAAUUCUCUUUUUACCUGAACCAUUGCCUGUAUCUUCUUUACUUUUUGAAAAUAGCUGUGAUUCCAAACGUUACCUCGGUUAUUUCCUAAAUUUUAUUGCAAUUGAUAUUAAACUUAACUUAAAUUAAUUGUUUUUGUUUCAAAAUAAUCAAGGUUGACUUCGUUUAUUUAUAUGAAUAUGAAAUGUGCUUUUAAAGUAUUUAAUGAAUAUAUUUAGGUGUAAAAUUUGUGAACAAAAUACUAAUCUUUAAUUUUGAAUAACACAAUUGGACUCCAUUCUGAACAUGGAAUUAUUUUUGUUAAAACUAUACAACCUCUUGGAUGCAUAUGUAAGAAUAAUAUCUUGUCUUACAAUUUGGACGUUUCAUCAUAGAUAAGCAUUUCUUAAUCUAUUUCUUAUUUACUUUCAUAUUUAAAAAUUUUACAUCAUCAUUUGAAACUUGUAGCACAAUUGUCGUUCAAUAUUGUAGCUUAGGUGCUUUUACAGAAUUUCAAGUUUCGUCAUUCCCAUGAAUUUCAAAUCAAGUGGCAUAUGUGUAUGAGUGUUGGAUAGUAGUGUUCGAAAGAAUUAGGUGUGCAAACAUUUUUAAGUGCACAUGUCUUUGAUAUGUGGUUUGUCACUUUGCUAUACCUUGAUUUAUUUUAUCAUGUUUCGAAGUUUUGAGCAUGCCUAUAUAAAUGUCACAUAUCAUUCAUUUGGCCUUUGCUUCUGUCCGAGUUUCAGGAAAAGUUUCGUAACAUAAUGUUCUAUCUACAAACACCAGUUUUCUAGCGUAUGAAACUUGGAUUUUUUGAUGGAAUGGACGAUGUUUCACAGAAUUCUGGAAAAUCUGCCUGACAAGGUCAUUUAUCGCCUUGUUAUGAUUGACUUCGCUGCUGGACGGCCAAUUGACACAUAAAUUAAACUCAUUCUUCAUAUUUCCUUUAUUUCAUAUAUUGUUGUAUUAUAUUCUUGUUUUGAAUUUGUUAGUGACUAAAAUAGUCAAGCCUGUAUAUAUUUCUGUUGUUAAAAUAAAUAUUGUACUAGUAGUGUCUGUCAGGAA